AUUCUUUUUUAGUUUUUAGUUGGGCAGGAUUUGAACUGGUCAUUCUUUUGUGAGAUUUCUUUCAUCUUCUCCGAAUAGUAGACAUAACCAGGUGGUGGGUGCUCUUGAACUGAUAUCAUUUUCAUAUCUGAUACACCUUCCACUCUCUCUCUCUCUUCGUUCUUUGAAUCCAUUCUAAAUCGUGUUUAGUGAUCUGAAUCUCCUUUUUACUGUUGUGAAAACAUUAAAUGUUGUAAUUUUUGUCAUUAUCUGUUAAAAGUCACAAUUGGGUAUAUCAGUUUUCAUUAAAAUUUCCAUCUUGGUGGGGUUUGUAUGAGGGAUUUUUUUUUUCUUCUUCUGUUGUGUAUACAAGUCAAAGUCUAUUCGUUCUCUUCUUCAGCCAUGUGAGAUGAGUGUUUAACCAAAGGCGUGUCACCAUCUCCCAUCUUUUCUUCAGAUAGGUUUUGAUUAAUACAUCUGGUUAUCGUUUUCCCAUCACGAAUUCGCUUCAAAACUGGGUAAUUUCGUCGAAAUUUGGGGAUUUUCAUGAUACCACUUGGGUUGAAAUUUAGGGUUUGUUUCAAAAGAUGAAAUCUGGUGAGGAAAAAAGUGUUGAGUCUUGGCAUGUUGUUAAAUCAAAGGGGAAGAACAAUCAACCUAAGAAAACCGAUGCAAUUUGUCGCGAAACGGAGGAGGGAACUACAGUCGGGUGUUGGAACAGGUGGAAAUUCAUCGGGAGCUGUAUUUCUUCAAGAUCUAAAGUCGAUAAUUCAAUCAGUGGCAUCAGUACUACUCCCGGUGAAAGUAAAUCGACAAAUGACGUAAGCAAAGAUCAACCGGUGGUUCCGGCGGUGUCAUCAACCACCACAAGCACCGGAGAAAGCGUCUCAUCCACCCAAAAACUAGAAGAAGAACUCAAAAUCGCUUCUCGUCUUCGCAAAUUCGCUUUCAAUGAUCUUAAAAUGGCAACCCGAAACUUCAGACCCGAAAGUCUUCUUGGUGAAGGGGGAUUUGGUUGCGUUUUCAAAGGCUGGAUUGAAGAAAACGGAACUGCUCCGGUGAAACCAGGCACCGGACUUACAGUUGCCGUUAAAACCCUCAAUCAUGACGGACUUCAAGGCCAUAAAGAAUGGCUGGCAGAAGUAAAUUAUUUAGGUGAUCUUAUUCAUCCAAAUUUGGUUAAAUUAAUCGGUUACUGCAUUGAAGAUGAUCAAAGGCUUCUUGCAUAUGAGUUCAUGCCUCGAGGGAGCUUAGAGAAUCAUUUGUUUAGAAGGUCUUUGCCUCUUCCAUGGUCCAUCAGAAUGAAAAUUGCACUUGGGGCUGCAAAGGGUCUUGCAUUUCUUCACGAAGAAGCAAAAAGACCCGUAAUUUAUCGUGAUUUCAAAACCUCCAACAUUUUAUUAGAUGCGGAAUACAAUGCAAAACUUUCCGAUUUCGGUCUUGCAAAAGAUGCCCCAGAGGGCGAUAAAACUCACGUGUCCACCCGAGUCAUGGGUACAUACGGAUACGCAGCCCCCGAAUACGUAAUGACAGGACAUCUCACAUCAAAAAGUGAUGUAUAUAGUUUUGGUGUUGUUUUGCUUGAAAUGUUGACCGGAAGAAGGUCAAUGGACAAAAACCGUCCAAAUGGCGAACAUAAUCUUGUCGAGUGGGCCCGCCCACAUUUAGGAGAAAGAAGGCGGUUUUAUCGGUUAAUUGACCCGCGACUCGAGGGCCAUUUUUCUAUAAAAGGAGCCCAAAAAGCGGCCCAAUUAGCGGCCCGUUGUUUGAGUCGCGACCCGAAAGUGAGACCUCUAAUGAGUGAAGUUGUGGAUUCUUUAAAACCAUUGCCAGCCCUAAAAGACAUGGCAAGUUCUUCAUAUUAUUUUCAGACUAUACAAUCUGAUCGGGUCGGGUCGAGCCCAAACGGGAGAAAUGGGUCACGGGUUCCGGGCGGGUCGGUUUUGAGAAACGGGUCGCAGAAUCCGAGGAGUUUGUCGGUUUCGAAUAGUACACGGGCUUCACCUUAUCACCAGCAGUUUUCACCAAAGCCGAAUGAGAAGGAAUAGAAGGGGGGUGUUUGGUUUGGUUAUUGUUGGGAUGUUUUGCUAGUAUUAUUAUUAUUAUUAUAUUUUUUUAUAAUUUAGUUCUAAUUGUUUAAAGCAGUAUAAGAAACGACAGGAGACAGAUGUGGGAUUUAUGUUGUUGUGAUGGAGUUAAGAGUGAUCAUGGCAGUGUAAUUUAUGAGGAGCUGUGAAGUUCAUUCUUUUUGGG